CUGUACACCCGCGCGCUCUGAAGAUCACUUCAGUUCAGUGAGACUCCGAGCAGAAGCGAAGACGUUCACCUGAGCAGAGCCUCGAAGUCUAUCAAGACGGACAGUUGACAAAAAUUCAGCAAGUUUGACAGCGACACAGUCAACACGCGUUUCUCCUGCGUUAGAGUCAGUGGAGUUCUACUUCAGCAGCUCAGUGUCAGCAGAUGUUCAGCUGAUGAUGAAUGACUCUCCACAGACAGCUGGAGGAAAAAGCUCUUCAGAACAACAGGCUUCUCCCACAGCAGCCGCUAUGGAGAACCGCCCAACAGAAAAACAAACCAUAAAGAGGAAGACAAAAGGCAUCCAUGCAUUCUUCCGGCGAAUUGGGAAGGCUUUAAAGAUUUGCACCCUACACUGCUACGGGGACGGUAUAUUGUCCCCAUUUCCAUCCGAUGAUCCAGCAGAUCUCCAGCCAGGUUUAUCUGGCCUUGAAUGGGCGUUAUCAAUUGAUCCAUGUCCAUCUGGUUUGGAGCUGACAGUUAACACCAAUCCGGCUGAUCCUGAUGGGUCAUUGGUCUCAGAACCAUCCAGUCUUGAGGUGAUAUCUGACAGUGAUCAGGCUGAUCCAGAGCCAUCACCUGUCCCUGGUCCAUCCAGCCUCGAUUUAAAGUUAACACUGGAUCUAGGUCUAUCCAAACUUGUUUCUGAGACAAUGAAUGUCCCAGGACUAUCUAGUCUUGAUGUAACACCUGUACCAAGUCUAUCCAGUAUUGAGAUGAAACCGGACAGGGAUCUAACCGAGCCCAAGCCAUCAUCUGUCCCAGGUCCAUCUGGUUUUGAGGCAGCUGUUGAACAACAAUCAACAAAGAGGAAGAAGAAAGGCAUCUGUGCAUUCUUCCGCCGAACAUGGAGGGUUGUUAAGUGUGCUGCUCUCUGUGGCCAAAGAGACAACAAAGUGGCUCCAGAUCCAUUUGCCAUUGACCCAGUGGCUCAACAGGAUAAUUCAGAUCUCCAGCCAGAUUUAUUCAGCCUUGAGAGGCUGACACUUAAUGCUGAGCCAACAUAUCUGGAGCCAUCACCAGUCCCAGGCCCAUCCAAACUGAAUAAUGAGCCAAUGCCUGCCCCACAUCAGUCUGGUUAUGAGCCACCUGUUGGACCAUCCAGUCAGGAGAUAAUGCCAGUCUAUGGGUCUGACAUGGGUCUGGAUGUUCCUGGGCUAAAACCCAUUCCAGGUUCCAGUCUCGUUCUGACAGCUGCUGUGGAUCUGAUUGAUCCCGAGCCGUCAUCUGCCUCUGGUUCAUGCAGCUGCAGGCGGACACCUGACACUGAUCUGGACAAUUCUAAACAAAAACAUGUCCCAGUCCUAUCUGGUUUUUGGCCAACUGCAGCAAAAUUUUCCUCCCGUUAUGAUGUGGGACGGAAGUUGGGACAGGGAGGUUUUGGCUCUGUGUAUAAGGGGACUCACAGAUUUAGUGGACGGAAGGUUGCUAUCAAAUUUCUACCUAAGAAUCUCUGGAACAGCUUAAUUAAUGUGCCUGGAUCUACAGAACCACUGCUGUCAGAAGUGGUUAUAAAUGUGAUGGUGUGCGCACCUCCGAAAAGCCCCUACAUUGUACAAAUGAUCGAGUGGUUUGAUCAGCCACAUCAGUUCAUCAUAGUUAUGGAAUAUCCACAUCCAUGUCAGACCUUGCUGGAAUUUACCAUGUGCCAUGGAUGUUGUCUGGAUGAAUCUGUGGCACGUGGUUUAAUGCGGCAAGCAGUGCUUGCAGCCAAACACUGCAUUGAACGGGGCAUCUUACACAAUGACAUCAAGACGGACAACAUGCUGGUCAACACAGAGACACUGCAGCUCAAACUAAUAGACUUCAGCUGUAGCAAACGUAUUAACAUGUCUUGCUCUGAAGAUCAUCAACAGGCGGUUGGAUCAACAGUCUGGUCUUUGGCUAUGGUACUUUUGGAGAUAGUAAACGGAGACCAGCCCAUGAGUGUUUUGCAGAAAGCACGUCAUCCUUUGAUACCAAAUUUCUCCAGUGGACGAACUGGACACUGUUGUAAACAUGUGGAAUAACCACCGAAUCCGACGCAGCAAUGGUCGUGACUUACAACAUGGGAAACCAUUCCUCAUGUACAACUUACCAGAACUCUAUCAAAUAAAAGACUAUUUGGAUCCUGUAGAUGCUGAAAGAUUGGAUGUGAUUAUCCAUGAAAAUGUCUGCCUGUGGAAAUCAGACAUACCCUGUGAUCGUGACCUCCAUGACCUCUGUGUUCUUGUUAUGGAGGAGAAUAAUCUACAGCCAAUUGCAGCAGCCACAGAGGCAUUGAGACUCUACAAAAACAUCCGGCCUCUGGUUAGGGAACUUUUAGGUUUAUAGAUAACAUCCCAUAAUCAUAAAAAUGCACAACAUUUUUUUUGUGUGUAAAUAUAAGAAUGUCUUUUUUUCUAGGUUGCAGGUUCUAUAUAUGUG